CAAAACCCUCCAGGAAGCUGCCCUAUACUUUUCUAUGACCUUGCUGUAGGUGUUCUAUUACUGUUUCACUCGUGAUGAUCAGUGGGUCACGUCAUCUAAGGUGCCCCCUCGCUUUAAUUUCCAUUGCACUAUCUCUAUGAGUCCUCUCACUUUUGGUCUGGUCCUGUGCUGCACGCUCACUGGGAUGUACCGAAACCAUACCAACAAUGUUUGUAACAGAGGCCUUCUGUGCGAGUACAAGGACAAGCUUGUGCUGGCUAUUAAAAGUAUCCAGUAUGAGGUGGAGGAGUGCAGGGACGCAGAGACCAAGACUUACGUCCAGUCAGUGGAAAUAGAGAGCCAGUUCGACGGCCUUGAACGAGAAAUCCGAGCUGAGUUCGGGAACCUCCAUCGUUUCCUGAUGGAGGCGGAGUGCAGGGACCUGGAGCGACUGAAGAGGCAGAGAGGGAAACUGCUGAAGCAGCUGAAGGAUAGAGAGAAGAAGAUCUCAGCGCAGAGGAAGGACUUGGAGAAGGCCAUCAUGGUGCUCAACAACAAACUGGCUGAGGAUGAGGGUCCCAAGAUGCUGAAAGACAUCCAGGAUCUUCUCAAAAGGUCUCAGGUCAGAUUUGUCCCUCCAACAGAGGUGGACAUCGAGGUGCAUUCAGGACACAUCGUGGGGCCGAUACAGUACAGAAUAUGGAAGCACAUGCAAAGCUGCCUCUACCCAAAUAUUACAUCUGUGACUUUUGACCCAGAGACGGCCCACCCUCUACUAUCUGUGUCGCCGUCAUGCAGCUCCGUUUGUUUCGACGAGGCAAAAGACACAAAGGCUUGCCAGCCCAACCCCAAACGCUUCCACUACUACUACUCCUUGCAGGGCCGUGAGGGCUUCAUCACGGGGCGUCACUACUGGGAGGUGGCGGUGGGCUACAAAACAGCAUGGAAGCUGGGCGUGGCCCGAGAGGACGUUCCAAGAGGGGAGAUGUUGGCCACGGGCACCUCCAGUGGCCUUUGGACUUUGGCCAUGAAGGAUGGAGCUGUCUUGGCUUGCGUUGACCCUAAACCUGUCAGAAUCAACGUCUCGGUCCGCCUUGCUCGCAUUGGAGUGUUUUUAGACUGUGAAAAGGAAGAGGUGUCUUUCUAUAACGCAGAGACCAUGGCACAUGUCUUCACCUUUCUGACAGGAACAAUUCUGGCCCCACUCUUCCCCUUCUUCAACCCCUGUGACGCCGACAAUGGAAGGAACACAGCACCAAUCAGCAUCUUUAGCCCCUCGCUAUGACAAGAGACUGCGUUUUUAUACACUCAUUUUUUCUGUGUCGCCGUUCCGUUCAAACAGUACCGACAACAUUUCUGGAUGAAAACGACCCGGCAUAAUCAAUUCCCUGUUGUGUUGAAAGCAAUGUUUGCUGUCCUAUAAGUACCUGGAAAAUUCUGUGUAAUAAUCACAAUGUAGUGGACACUAGGGGAAUGCCUCACACCCAGUAAGCCUGUAGGUUGGUAUACAGGUGGCAGUCUUAGCAGUUGAGGAAUACAGUCCAGCUUGAAAGCAGUUACUGCAUUUUUCUUCCAGCUUCCAUACUGGAUCACGACAAGAUCGCCAAUGUUACACCCUCAGAAGAGCCUAAGUCACCAGCAAGAUUGAAUGCAUCCUUUCUGCCCAGCCCUUCAAAUUUUUACACAGAUCCUGUAAAAUGCAUCAAAGCUUAAACAGCGUUUAUUUACAGUAUAGAUAGUAUACAUAUUCUAUUAAUAAGGCCAUAACAGUGUGCUUUUCCGCACAUCAGCAAUCGGAUGUAAUUAGUUUACAGGUGUCAAACUCAGGAGUUGAGGAAUACAGUCCAGCUUGAAAGCAGUUACUGCAUUUUUCUUCCAGCUUCCACACUGGAUCACGACAACAUCGCCAAUGUUACACCCUCAGAAGAGCCUAAGUCACCAGCAAGAUUGAAUGCAUCCUUUUUGCUCAGCCCUUCCAUUUUUACACAGAUCCUGUAAAAUGCAUCAAAGCCCAAACAGCGUUUAUUUACAGUAUAGAUAGUAGCCUAUACAUAUUCUAUUAAUAAGGCCACAACAGUGUGCAUUUCCGCACAUCAGCAAUCAGAUGUAAUUAGUUUACAGAUGUCAAAGUCAGAGACCAUGGGUCAUUUCAUUUUACAUUAUUUUAGAGAUCUGCUAUAUCAUUUUCUGUGGCCCGCCACAUUAUUGUAUGGUCCCUCCACUUCAUUUUAUGUAACCCGACACAUUAUAUUAUGUGGUCUGCCAUAUUAUUUUAAAGGCUCGCCAUGUCGUUUUUCGUGGCCCGCCACAUUAUUUUAUGUUGGUUCACAUUAUUUAUUGGGGCCGAAAUGUCAUAUUAUUUGGUCCGCCACAUUAUUUUAUGUUGGGCCACCUUAUAUUUUGUGUUGGGCCACAUUAUUUAAUGGGGCCACAUCAUUUUACAUGGCCCGCCAUAUCAUUUUACGUGGACCGCUACAUUAUUUUAUGUUGGGCCACAUUAUUUAAUGGGGUCCCCUAUGUCAUAUCAUGUGGUCA